GUUCUCCUCCUGAUCAAUCUUUUAUGCUAAUGUUUCCUGUUCGCCAUUCAACCAACCAGGAUCCCAGUAUGCUGUACUAACCUACUGUAUUUCAUUCAUGUUCGGAUGUCAUCUUUAACCGCACAGAUCACAUGUUUAUUGACAGGUGCUGCUUCACAAGGGAAUGUCGUAGCAUUUUGCGAUUAGUCGCUUGGUCAGAUAGAGGCAGAUUAGCCGAGUGUGGUUUACCCACACACAACCCCAUUGUACUUUCAACCGUACAACCACAGACCACAUUCAGACCCCGCCAGGUUUUUGUGCUGGUUUCCGUGGAUAAAAGGGCCGGGAUAUGUCCAGUGGCCUGUCAAGACCUUUCCUUUACCUCAUCAUGUCAGACGUUGUAGAUCACUUCCGCCUUCCUUUCGUCAAAGAUGGCGGUUGGUGCCCUACUAAAUCUUCUCUUGGCUGUGCUCUCGCUCAUUCCCGACAGAGCAAUGCCCGAAACAUCGAACCCCCUUGGUACAUACCAUGGUACUCAACACUCCACGAGGCCACUUCGGACAUUCCAAAUGCUCUCUUGGCUCCCCAAUUUCCUCUCUGGACCAUUCGGACAAGAGCUGGAAGGAAUGACGGGACUUCUGGAAAGCAGGAUGACACUUUAAGUGAACCGGAUAGCGAUAACGAGGAUGUUGACCAAGACAAUAAGGCUAGAAGCAUGAAAACAUUGCUCGACAAAUACGACCUUGCUGAUUCUUCGGCUUCCGUUGCAUCUAUUUCCCCGCAAGAGUCCAUCUCAAACAUCUCGAGAACCUCUGGCGGCUCAGCCUCUCUCUCAAAUAUAGGUCCUAUACUAUCCGCUCGCACUGAAGUGGUUAAGAAUACCUCAACUCGUUCUCCUGACUACUGCGUUCUCGUAGUCGAUGGCGAGGAAACCAACGAGUUUGCGGAAGAAUUUGUAGACUUCAAGAUUUUGCAAGUUACCGUUGGCCUCCUUGUCGAAAACAAGCGAUACAUCCGUCGACAUACGAAGGUGUCCGACUCCGUUGACUCCGUUGCCUUCAGGAGGGCCAUUGAAAACAAGAUGAUUCCCGCCCAGCGAGAUCUACUGGUGCAAGCAGCUCAUGUCUUUCUCAGCUAUCCUCAUCAAGAUGUUGUCCACGCCAUUGCAUCGGUAGGACCGUAUUGGACUCAUUCCAAGCUUGAGAGGAUCCAUGUCGAGCGACAAAUGCAUCAGAUCACGCAUUAUGGAAUUCGCUGGGAUCCCGCCAUUCGUGGACCCAUUGUUAAGGCAUGUUGGACCAAAGACUUACUGUUAGGUACCCCGCAGUCUCGCGCUGAGAUGCAGUCAAUCCACCUCGUGAUUGAGAAUCUAGCGUGGGCCAUCGCGAAGAGAAUGUUCGAUGUCAACAUCAAACGACCACAAGACAACAAGAAAGGACAGGCUAGUAAGGCCUGAGCUCUUUCGAUAUCUGCUUGGAUUGGUGAGACGUUCAUCCAUAGCAAUUUCUAUCUACGUAUUUCGCGAUAAUGUUGUCUGUACUGCAAUUGUGACUACCAGUACCAUUUGGUUAGGAAUAUAACCAUUGAAAUUAACGCA